UUUAAGGCAGCUGCCGGGAGAACAGAAACCAAGUUCCCCGGCAACUAGCAGCAGCCACCGGGCGGGAGGUCCGAGGCAGCAAGGCCCUAAAGGCUACUGAGUGCGCCGGCGGCUCCUUGUUCAGCGCGUGCCCUACCCUUCUGCCUCCUCUUCCUUGGCCGUCCACCUCCAAGUUCCGAUUCGGAUUUUCGCCGUUGCAAAAUCUAGGGAGGAGGUUAGGAACAGCCGCGCCCCCAUCCCCUGCGGCCGCCGCCCCCCGCUUCUCGGCUCUGUUCCCAGCCGCGUGCGCCUGGGCGGUGAGCCCCGGCAGGCCCCAGCCAUGUCGAUGCUACCGUCGUUUGGCUUUACUCAGGAGCAAGUGGCAUGCGUGUGCGAGGUUCUGCAGCAAGGCGGAAACCUGGAGCGCCUGGGCAGGUUCCUGUGGUCACUGCCCGCCUGCGACCACCUGCACAAGAACGAGAGCGUGCUCAAGGCCAAGGCGGUGGUCGCCUUCCACCGCGGCAACUUCCGUGAGCUCUACAAGAUCCUGGAGAGCCACCAGUUCUCGCCUCACAACCACCCCAAACUGCAGCAACUGUGGCUGAAGGCGCAUUACGUGGAGGCCGAGAAGCUGCGCGGCCGACCCCUGGGCGCCGUGGGCAAAUAUCGGGUGCGCCGAAAAUUCCCACUGCCGCGCACCAUCUGGGACGGCGAGGAGACCAGCUACUGCUUCAAGGAGAAGUCGCGGGGCGUGCUGCGGGAGUGGUACGCGCACAAUCCCUACCCCUCGCCGCGUGAGAAGCGGGAGUUGGCUGAGGCCACUGGCCUCACCACCACCCAGGUCAGCAACUGGUUUAAGAACCGGAGGCAAAGAGACCGAGCAGCGGAGGCCAAGGAAAGGGAGAACACUGAAAACAAUAACUCCUCCUCCAACAAGCAGAACCAACUUUCUCCUCUGGAAGGGGGCAAGCCGCUCAUGUCCAGCUCAGAAGAAGAAUUCUCACCUCCCCAAAGUCCAGACCAGAACUCGGUCCUUCUGCUGCAGGGCAAUAUGGGCCACGCCAGGAGCUCGAACUAUUCUCUCCCCGGCUUAACAGCCUCGCAGUCCAGUCACGGCCUGCAGGCCCACCAGCAUCAGCUCCAAGACUCUCUGCUUGGCCCCCUCACCUCCAGUCUGGUGGACUUGGGGUCCUAAGUGGGGAGGCACUGGAGCCUUGAAGGGAUGCCUGGAGCAGCAACCACUGCAGCGACUAGGGACACUUGUAAAUAGAAAUCAGGAACAUUUUUGCAGCUUGUUUCUGGAGUUCUUUGCGCAUAAAGGAAUGGUGGACUUUCACAAAUAUCUUUUUAAAAAUCAAAACCGACAGCGAUCUCAAGCUUAGUCUCCUCUUCUCUCCAACUCUUUCCACCUUUGCAUUUUCCUUCCCAAGGCAGAGAUCAGGGGGAAAAAAAAACCCAAACAAACAAAAGCAUCCAGGCACCCAGUCUCAGUUCUGCGCAAUGAUAUGCCUGCUUCAGCAGUCUUUCCUUUUUUCAACGAACGGGAAUUAUAAAUCAACUGGAUUUUUAUUAUUUCCUUUUAAUUUAUUUAUGGAGAAAUGUGAAGAGGAAAGGGAAAUGAAGAGAGAGAAACAGAAAGAGAAAGGGAGAUAAAAACAGUGAAAAUAAGAGCCUCCAGGCUUGGAGGAACUGAUUACAUUCUUAAGGUGAAUAGGAAAAAUACAAUCUGUAACUUUCUUUGAUAAGGAAAAAUUGAGUUUACAUUUUUCAUUUUUAGUGUUAAAUAAUUUAAUGUAGAUUAAAAUAAAAGAGCAGUAUUAGGAGGAAAAACAAGUGCCUAAAUGUCUUAAUGCUCUCUAUGUGAGAAAGUUAGAAAUAGACGUGACCAUUAGUAAUGCAACUAUUUUUUUCAAAUUUAGUGGAAUUUUUUGGUUGUUGUUUGUUUUCUUGGGUUUUUUUUUUUAAUGACAAACUCUAAAAUUGUACCAAUGUGAAAAAACACUUUCCUGAAUGCCAUUACUCAUGCCCUCAAAGCUUUCAUAUCUGUACCCUACUCCUGUUAAGGGUUUCUCCUGUUUCUAGUUUCUGGUUUGCAAAGGUAUGCCAACGAAUCUUGGCAACCCGGUAUUUGUUACUAAAACAGCAUGUGUUUUCAGGUUUCUUUUCUAUUGUACCUAAAGCAGUCUAAAUUAAAACUUAGUAGAACACCAGGAGUAUGAUUCUGUUUCUAAAAGGUGAGUGGUGUAUUGCUGUCAUUGGGCCCUAUUUUUAAAAAAAAAAAAAACAAACUUUUUUUUUUUCUUAAUGGUGGCUGUGAAUUGCAGGGUACUUUGAAGGCCAUCAUCUGAACCAAGAGUAGCAACUAGAUUAAUUAUAUGACAGAAAGAGAGUGAAUUUAGCUUUGGGGUAUUUAUUUAUUUUUAUUAUUUAGGUAUGCAAUUUUAUUUACCACUGUCUCCUCACAGCAUUCAUAUGUUAACUAAGCUCGUGUGUGUUAACAAGUUUAUGACAAGACUGUGAAAGUAAAAAUAAUUUAUCUGCUUGAAGAAAAAAAAAAGGGAAGGAGAACAAGAAUAGAAACAUUGUGAAUUAAUUUGUACAAAUGGAAAGCAGACCAGCAGGACAGGAGCUCUUUUGCAGUGGUGCCAGAUAGUGUCCAGAAAAAUCCCGGUAAUCAUGUAGGCUCCAUAUUAUUUUUGUCUGGGGCAAAAUGAUGUAUCUUCUGUAUUUAGCUUUUAAAAUUAGUGAAACAAAUGGCAUUAUUUAUUAAAAUUCUACUCAGGAUAACA